AUGAAGAACAUGUUGCCACCUGUGAGGAGAGACCGCAUCAUUGCUCAGCUUCCAGAGGUAACACAUGCACGCGCGCACACACUCACGCGCACACAUACACACACACACUUACACACACACACACACACACACACACACACUGCGGUUGUUAAAUGUGUUCACAAUGGAAUGUGUAGCCUAGAGCAGGGAUCAUCAACUAGAUUCAGCCGCUGGCCGAUCUUUUCUGGAGGGGAUGGUCGGGGACCUGAACAUGAUUACAAAUAAUUUGUAGACUGCAAAUUGUCCGCAAGAAGCUCAAACAGAUAUAAUAUUUGACUAAAACGUAAUCAUUUCAAUCCUUGCUUGCAUUUGUAUAUGAUCACGUCUGUCUAUUAUGUGUGGAAAUACUUGGGAACAGAUUUCACAAAUGAAAACCACUUGGAGCUGAUUCCCUGGUGUUUGUAAAAAUAAAUAAAUAUGUCCAACAAUGAAAAUUAAAAAAAUUACAUGUAUUAUUAUUAUUAUUAUUGGCUCAGAAAACAUGGGGGGCCAAAUAAAACCACCCGGGCCGCCAGUUGGGGAAACCUGGCCUAGAGUCUUUUGUGCCACAGUACACACCAUCUCAGAGUAUAAUCUAAUAAUGUGUCUCUAUAACACAAUGACUCACAGUUUCAGAGUUCUGGCACCCGGUACUGAAGCAGAUGAUUAGACAGUGCUGUGUGGUAAUAUACUGCUUAUUAGUCUGUUUCACACACCUAAUGCUCGUAGUUUUGUUCAGGACUCGGUCACUGGCUCGUGCUAAUGUGGCUGUACCAUCGCUACAAAGAAGUUUAAAAUGAUGAACCAGAAUUGAACAGAUUCCGUUCAAUGUCCCCAUAAGGCAGUUGUCCUUCUAGCUUCUGAUUUCUGUGUGACGCCAAGCUGAUAGACUUUCUUGCUUUGAGUUGACCCCUUUUUUAAACCUCUCUCUCUCUCUCUCUCUCUCUCUCUCUCUCUCCUCCUCUCUCUCUCUCUCUCUCUCUCUUCUCCUCUCUCUCUCUCCCUCUGUCUCUCUCUCUCUCUCUCUCUCUCCUUCUCUCUCUCCCUCUCUCUCUCCUCUCCUCUCUCGCUCUCUCCAUCUCUCUCUCUCUCUCUCUCUCUCUCUCUCUCUCUGUAGUGUUUUACCACAGAUGCGGCACUACACACUAAAGAUGGCUUCCACUCGCAGGUCAAGGCUGCCUGUCAGGGGCAGAAGACGGGCACAGUGGGGUGAGAUGAACACACACACACACACACACACACACACACACACACACACACACACACACACACACACACACACACACACAUAUUGGUAUAAUAAUAUAAUAUGCCAUUUAGCAGACGCUUUUAUCCAAAGCGACUUACAGUCAUGCGUGCAUACAUUUUUGUGUAUGGGUGGUCCCGGGGAUCGAACCCACUACCUUGGCGUUACAAGCGCCGUGCUCUACCAGCUGAGCUACAGAGGACCAUAUUAUCAGUGUUUGACUGGACUGUUCUCUUUAUGUGUCUGUAGCUUUAACAUCGCCAAGGUGAUUGUGGUAGGGGAUGUGGCAGUUGGGAAGACAUGUCUGAUCAGCAGGUAAGGAAACACUGCAGUCUAUGACUGCAUCUGAAAUGGUACCCUACUCCAAAUAUAGUUAACUACUUUUGAGAGAGUCCUAUGGGCCAUUUGGGAAACAGUCUAUUACAGAUCUUAUCCCCCAGGUGGCACAAUGAUUUCCCUCAGGAUGUGUGCUUACCAAUUAAAAAUACUACUGACCAUUUCACUUCCUGAUAGUCAGUUGUUGCCAUGACACCCAGGUGAAUCCACACACAGCAGAGCACCUGCCUCUUCAGAAAGCAGUAAAACUGUUACCCCUGCUCUCCCCCAGCCUGGGAUAAUAGAGACAGAUUUUUGACUAAUUGAUUGACUUGUGGGUUUGAUUAUUGGCAUAUUGAAGUAAGUUAGUUCAGUGAUCAAAUCUCCUGAAAAGUUGCUAUUUAUAGUCAUAGCUUUGGGUACAUGAAGAGGUAUACAGUAUGGUAAACUCAUGUCAUAAUGUUUCCUGUCUGUUCUGUUACUGUUCAGUUACUGUCCUGUUACCAUCCUACUACCGUUCUGUUACUGUUCUGUUACCGUCCUGUUACUGUCCUGUUACCGUCCUGUUACUGUCCUGUUACUGUUCUGUUACCGUUCUGUUACCGUUCUGUUACUGUUCUGUUACCGUCAUGUUACUGUCCUGUUACUGUCCUGUUACUCUUCUGUUCCUGUUCUGUUCCUGUCCUGUUACUGUUCUGUUACUGUUCUGUUACUGUCCUGUUACUGUCCUGUUACCGUCCUGUUACCGCACUGUUACCGUCCUGUUACCAUGCUGUUACUGUUCAGUUACCGUUCUGUUACCGUCCUGUUACUGUUCUGUUACUGUCCUGUUACCAUCCUGUUACUAUCCUGUUACCGUUCUGUUACCGUCCUGUUACCAUCCUGUUACCGUUCUGUUACUGUCCUGUUACCGUUCUGUUACCAUCCUGUUACUAUCCUGUUACCGUUCUGUUACCAUCCUGUUACCGUUCUGUUACUGUCCUGUUACCGUUCUGUUACCAUCCUCUUACCGUUCUGUUACUGUCUAUAUAUUACUCAGGUGACAGGAAUAUAUUACUCAGGUCACCCAAGACUUGACAGGAACUGUAAUAACGUCAUUGAUUAUGUUAUAUUUCUCUCUCUCUCCACAGGUUCUGUAAGGACUUUGAUAAGAACUAUAAGGCCACCAUCGGAGUGGAUUUUGAGAUGGAGCGGUUUGAGGUGUUGGGUGUGCCCUUCAGUUUACAGCUGUGAGUAGUACGCACGCACACACACACACACGCAUGCACACACACACACACGCACGCACGCACGCACACACACACACACACACACACACACACACACACACACACACACAAUUCACACUUUCAUCAUCCUCGCCCUUUGCUCAUCAAUUGUAGUCUGUUGCCUCUUGCUCCCUCUCUCUCCCUCCCUCUCUCUCCCUCUCUCUCUCUCUCUCCCUCCCUCCCUCUCUGUCCUUCCCUCUCUCUCCCUCCCUCUCUCUCCUUCUUCCUUUCUCUCCCUCCCUCUCUCUCCUUCCCUCUCUCUCCCUCCCUCUCUGUCCUUCCCUCUCUCUCCCUCCCUCUCUCCCUCUCUCUCCCUCCCUCUCUCUCCUUCCCUCUCUCUCCCUCCCUCUCGCUCUUCCUCUCUUUCCCUCUCUCUCUCUCCUUCCCUCUCUGUCCCUCCCUCACUCUCCUUCCCUCUCUCUCUCUCCUUUCCUCUCUCUCACUCCCUCUCUCUCCUUCCCUUCUCUCGCCCUUCCUCUCUCCCUCCCUCUCUUCUCUCCCUCUCUCUCCCUCCCUCCCCUCCCCCUCCCUCUUGUCCUUCUCUCUCUCCCCCCUCUCUCCCUCUCUCCCUCUCUCUCCCUCCCUCUCUCUCCUUCUUCCUCUCUCUCCCUCCCUCUCUCUCCUUCCCUCUCUUUUCCUCCUCUCUCUCCUUCCUCUCUCUCCCCCCCUCUCCUCUCCUUCCCUCUCUCUCCUUCCCUCUCUCUUCCUCCCGCUCUCUUUCCCUCUCUCUCCCUCCCUGUCUGUCCUUCCCUCUCUCUCCCUCCCAUCUCUCUCCCUCCUCUCGCUCUCCUCUCUCCCCCCUCUCUCCGUCCCUCCCUCUCUCUCCCUCCCUCUCUCCUUCUCUCUCCCUUCCUCUCUCUCUUUCCCUCCCUCUCUCUCCUUUCCUCUCUCUUCCUCCAUCUCUCUCCUUCCCUCUCUCAGAUGGGACACAGCGGGUCAGGAGAGGUUCAAGUGCAUCGCCUCCACAUAUUACAGAGGAGCACAAGGUAGGAAAACACCCACACACGUAUGUUAUAGGAAGCCCUUAAUAGAUGUAUUGUGGCGAUACCUGCAGCCUGUCUCUUCUCUAAUGUGUGUUGUGUUGUUCUCCUGGUUUCUCUGAAGCCAUCAUAGUGGUAUUUGACCUGAGCUGUGUGACCUCUCUGGACAACGCCAGGUAAGAGAUGCCAAAAUAUGACAUGUUAUUCACAUCUGUAGCACCCAGAUAGAAUGGCUUUUCAUCCUAGUAUCUCAGUGGACAUCAGUCCAUUUCUAUAUUAGACUACUUUAUUAUAUGUGAUAGACAUAUUGUGUGUGUGUGUGUGUGUGUCUGUGUGCACGUAUGUGUGUGUGUGUGUGUGUGUGUGUGUGCAGGCAGUGGCUGGAGGAUGCUAUGAAGGAGAACGAUCCCUCCAGUGUUCUGCUGUUCCUGGUCGGAACCAAGAAGGACCUCAGCGUGAGUCUGAUGGGAAAGAUCCAACCUGACUAAAGACAGCGCAAAGGAUCUGUCAUUCACUGAUUUAAAGAUGAAGCAUUUCAAACUGUAUCUCUCUCUCUCUCUCUCUCUCUCUCUCUCUCUCUCUCUCUCUCUCUCUCUCUCUCAGUCUCCUGAUCAGUUGGCCUACAUGGAGCAGGAGGCCAUUAGACUGUCAGAGGAGAUCAGAGCAGAGUACUGGGCUGUGUCUGCUAAAUCAGGUAGUGCUGGGAAUACACACACACAAACACGCACGGACCCCCACACAAACAUGCACGGACCCCCACACAAACACGCACGGACCCCCACACAAACACACACGGACCCACACAUAACAUCCUCUGGUUUACUCCCUCAUGUCCCCCAUCAUAUCCCAUCCUAUCCCAUCAUAUCCCAUCCUAUCCCAUCAUAUCCCAUCCUAUCCCAUCCUAUCCCAUCAUAUUCCAUCAUAUCCCAUCCUAUCCCAUCAUCUCCCAUCCUAUCCCAUCGUAUCCCAUCCUACCCCAUCGUAUCCCAUCCUACCCCAUCAUAUCCCACUUUCUAACUCUCUGCCUCCCCUCACACACUUUCUUCCCCUCCUCUCUGUCUCUCUCAGGGGAGAGUAUCAGGGAGUUUUUCUUCCGGGUAGCGUCUCUAACCUUUGAGGCCAACGUGCUGGCAGAGCUCGAGAAGAGUGGGUCCAGACGUGUUGGCGACAUUAUCAGUAAGUUUAUUUUAUUACAUGCAGGAUACUUUUUAUUCUAACAUUUCUUCCCUUUGACACAUGUAUGUUUCCUACAGGAAUCACAGAGAGCUCAGAAGAGGAGUACAAACCAACCAAGAGGAAACCAACCUGCUGCUGAUGGGGGAGGAUACAUUAC